ACCCUAGACUGUGGGCAGUGGAGGGAAUGGACAGACGGCGUUUCGGGCUUGGAUCCUCUACAUUUCCUUGGUCAUCGUUUUCAACAGUACCCUUCUAAAUCUCUAGUUUCCCUCUCCCCUGACUGUCUCCCCUCGACAGGAAACAUCAUGGGCAUCUGCGGUUCCUUCUUACACAUAUUUCCUCCCCGUUGGAUGGAGGCAAAGCUCUAGGAUCUUUGGUUCGAUGCAGAAUUUAGUUCGAUGCCUUGCUCCUUUCGCGUUGCGGGUUUUACUCCUCCCUUUCCGGCGUGUCGAGGCUUCCUUCCUCCAUAGACGUAGAGAGAGAGACGCGGACUCACACAGACAGACAGACUGAGGGGGGCAAAGGUGCGGCGGUUCUCCAGGAAUCCCUAUCCCUUUGGAAGUGGAGGUGGUCCGGAGACCGGGAACCGGGCCUGGAUUAGGCCCAAGGAGAGUGGAGCUCAGGCCAGAUCAACGACAGAUGAAGAUGACUAGUGUCUGAUCUGAAAAUUCACUUGCUGCAACAUCAGAUCUCCUGCGGCAUCGUUUCGUGAUCUGAAUGGACAGGAGAAGGGUCUCAACUCAAUCCACUGAUCUGGAUCAUCCAGGGCCAUUGAAGUCUGGGGGGAAAUUUAAAAUUCCAAAGAAAAAGAUUUCUGAAGUGGACAAGGUAGAGACACAUUCUCCUCUAUCCAGACUCAGUGAAACACGAAUUGAAAAUUUAAAAGCAUCAAAUAAACAUUGGCCAUUGAAUUAUGUUUUCAAUAAAACAAGAAAUCGUCAUUUGACUGUUUAUAGUCAAAGGAGGAAUUGCCCAUCAAGUCGUAACGUCCCUGCAGCUGGACAACUGAAUGGGGGGCAAACCGAGAGGAAAUUAGAAUGUCGCAUCCGGAUGCAGAAUGAAAAUUCAGUCAGACCAAAGGAAGAUGAUAGUUCAUCACUGAGAAUUUCAGAGAAAGAAAUCAAAGGCAUAUGCAGGAUAAAGCUUACAGAAAAAGGAGACCAGCUGUAUGAACAUAUAAAAAUAAAUGAAAGCCAGUGCAAAGUAAAUGUUCAGAAAGACCCUGUGACGGAUUCACCUCUUCCAAGCCCCAAGAAAAAAAGAUUAUGCACUGAUCUUCAGGAUCAUCCUCUCAGAGGAGAGGUUGCAUGUUCUCAGGAUGGUGAGGAUUCGCUGAAGAAGAUGCUUAAAUGUCUAACAUGCGAAGAGCAGACUCAAAAUUGUAAUUGCUUUAGCAAUAAUACAGAAGACAAGGAUCCACUUAUGGAGAUCACCCAAACUGAAUCUGGUCUGCAGCAAGAGACUUUUUCCCCAUUGAAUACAAAGCAACAAAGCCCCAAUCACAGGAACCAAGAAUCUGUUAAUAAUAACCCUUCAUCCCCUGAUGGUGAUAUUAAUUGGAAAGUAUCCCAGUGUCCUCCAGUACCAAAUGGACAGAAAUCUGAAACAUUAUGUCUGAAUUUGCCUUUAUUGAAGCCUCAGAUGAAGCCCUUAAAACCAGCGGUUGUUGCAAGCGAACCAAUUGUGCUUUCCAGUGAUGAUGAAGAUGGAGAAAAGGUGCAACCUGGUGUCCAGUGCACCACAUUAACUCCAGAGACUAAACGUUUACAUCUGGGGAGUAAGCUGCUGCCAACUGACAACUGCAAAAGAGAAGCUGAGACUCAGUCGGCAAAGCGGGUGACAGAGAAUGUAAAACCAUAUGCAAUCGGGCAGGAUGCAGGUGAAACAAAUGAGAAGAAUAAGUUAGCCGAUGCAAUGCAAAGUACAGAAGAUUCUUUGGAAACUAGCACGAUGACAAAAGCAACAUUGGAUCUUGCUUUGACGGCCGUACACAUGGGAGAAAUUGAAGGAAAUGAUCGUGGUUCUGUAAUGUUUGGACCUGACAAAAUUGUAAUAACUUUAACAGAUUUCCAUACAUUACAGCUGGAUAUUUCGCACUUGAAGAAAUAUAGUUUGUGGGAGAGACUGUCUGACUCGAUCUUUGAGAAUCACUCGGUUAUUUUCCUUUGGUUUGCUGCAGAUUACAUAGAUGAAAUCAACAAACAGUUGAAAGUAGUUCCCCCAAAACAGGAAUAUAAAUGCAGUGAAUAUAUCUUCAUUCAGCUUUCCAAACCUUUACAAGCUCCAGAAACGGCAAUAUUGAAGAAAAUUAUGACUCUUAUUGGUGCAAGGAAUGAAGUUGCAGACUUGUGUGAAAUUAUGUCAUUGGAAGAGACUUAUCAGUUAUUGGUUAAGCUUGAUUCAGAGCGGAGCUCCUUCAUAUCAUCCUGCUGCAAAACUCUACCGCAACAAAUGGACGCUAUCGCAGGAUCACCUACAUUAUCGCAGGAUCACCAGAUUUCACAGGACGAAAAUGCAAAUUCAACAAGAGUAAAUAAUUAUACAUUGUGUCAUAUGUGGAAAAAGGAUCAUUAUGUAGUUUCGUUUGUUUCAAAGCAAGAGAAGCAGAGGCACAUAUUUAGACAAAGUGGACCCAUUCAGAAAAUAAUAGUUUUCCCUCCUCCACCAACCAAAGGAGGACUUGCAGUUACAACUGAAGAUUUAGAAUGCUUGGAAGAGGGAGAGUUUCUCAAUGAUGUCAUCAUUGACUUUUAUUUAAAGUACCUGUUGCUCAAGAAAGCACCCAAAGAGCUUGCUGAGCGUACUCACAUUUUUAGUAGCUUUUUUUAUCGACGCCUGACCCGAAAGGGUAAUGCUGAAUCAGAGGAGGCGAAUAAUCUCUCAAUACAGCACAAGAGGCAUCAACGUGUGAAAACGUGGACUCGUCAUGUGGAUAUCUUUACAAAGGAUUUCAUAUUUGUACCUGUUAAUGAAGAGUCUCAUUGGUACCUAGCUGUUAUUUGUUUUCCUGGGUUAGACAAAAUAGUUUAUGAAUCUGAUCUAGCCAAUGAACCAAAGACCAGUCCAUCUUCCACACAUUCAAAUAGUGAAACCGUGAGCAAAGACCACAUAUUACCACCAGAUGAAACUGAUAGGAAUACCUCUCAGAGUAUGCCAUCAGAGGAUUCAGAAGAUAAAGAUUCCAGCACUGUUCCCUGUGCAACUCCUAUAGUUUCACCCGGUCCCAGCAUACAGGAAUGUAUAAAAGUACCAAAGAACUUACAGCAACAAAAAAUUAAGAUACUCAAACAGCCAUGUAUUCUUAUAAUGGACUCUUUAAGAGCAGCUUCACAAUUGCACACAGUGAAGAUUUUGCGAGAGUAUCUACAGGUAGAGUGGGAAGUGAAAAAAGGAGGACAGCGCAAUUUCACAAUUGACACAAUGAAAGGCUCGGUCCCCAGAGUCCCUAAGCAAGAUAACAGCAGUGACUGCGGCAUUUACUUACUGCAGUAUGUGGAGAGUUUUUUCCAGAAUCCCAUCACAAAUUUUGAAUUGCCAUUGCAACUAGAUAAAUGGUUCCUGAGACAGGAAGUAAAGAAAAAACGGGAAGAAAUACAAGAUUUGAUUCUGCAUUUACACAAUCAGCAGAGAACUGAUGUCGAAUAAUUCCAUGCACAUGGCACUGAUGUAUACUAGGUCAUUUCAAAGCUGCUCAUCAUCUUGAAAAUAUGAAGAUUUAAAUUCAACUGUAAAUGUUUAAACUAGAUGACUAAUGUGUAGCACUCAGUUUAAAACAUUUUUGUUUAUAGCAAUGUACAGUUUAAUAAAUUAUACUGAUUUGUGACUUCUUGCUACAGCUGUUUAUUUCUUGCAUUUUUGUGCCCUCAAAAUGGAUAAAUGUUGGCCUUUUCGGGCAUUUAAUUCCCCUGCCAGAAGACACCGUACAAAUCUUAAUUGAAGUAUAAAGUUUACGUGGUUCUGCUGUUGCUAAAAUGCUUGUUCAUCAAUUGAAACAUUAGCAGGAGGAUGUGUUCAGAACUAUAGAUAUUCUGUAGCACACUGCUUUCAAGUAAUUGAAGAAUUGGAGAUGUGAGUAUUAUGAAACUUAAUUAAGUUAGAACAAAAGUGCAUAAUGCCAUAGCAUACCUGCAGAUUUUCUUUCAUUCAUUCUCAGAGUUUUUCAGCUUUGACUGUUGUGAUGGGGUGAAUUGGAGGGAAAGCAGGUCAGUGCAGUAAUGACGGAAUUGAGUAAGGUACCAACUAUUGGUUUUAAAAGAGGAGGCAUUGUCAAAUGUUAAAAUAUUCAAUGACUGCUUGUAUAUUUUAAGUUUGUCAUUGCGGAAACAGGGUGAAUCUUAGCAGGAAAAUAAAUCUCAAAAUGGAGAAAAUGAAAAACUAAAUACAUUAUGUGAAAGGACUGUCUUGUUCUCUACCAUUGUGUAGAUUCACCCAUAUUGAACAGAUUCAAGCAAUUUUGCUUUAUCUUUAAAAAAAAAGUGUGUGAAUGUAGAAAUGAUGGAACUAAUUUUGGAAUACUGGAGAGAUGUAAAUAAGCUAUAUUACAACAAUUGGUUUCAAAAUGCAGAAGAAUGUGAUUUUUGUAAAUGGAGCAGAUAAGGAUAAUAGAACAAUGGUAAAAUGGGAAUAAAUUAUUCAAUGUGCAACUGUUUUAAUGUUGAGAUGCAUAUGUAUUUUAAUUAAAAGAAGAAAUGUGAAGGAUA